GGGCCGCGCACAGGGGACCAAGCAGGCAUCUCGAGAGCGUUUCUGCAGACUGAGGGCUCCCAUGUGAGCGAUUCCACUCUCCUCCGACCGCCCCGUCUUUCUAGCCGUCUCCGCCUCCCGCGCACCCGGCCGGGGCGGCCGCUCUCCUCGCCGUCUGGCCGGAGCGUGAGGCUAGCACGGCCCCUGGCUGCCCUGCGCCUCGCAGGAGCUCGAGGGGCGCGGGUCCGGGGCGAGGGCCGGCCGGGCGUGUUUGAUGGCUUCACUGAGAAGAGUCAAAGUGCUCCUGGUGUUGAACUUGAUCGCAGUGGCCGGCUUCGUGCUCUUCCUGGCCAAGUGCCGGCCCAUCGCGGUGCGCAGCGGAGACGCCUUCCAUGAGAUUCGGCCGCGCGCUGAGGCGGCCAACCUUAGCGCGCACAGCGCCAGCCCCAUCCAGGAUGCCGUCCUGAAGCGCCUUUCGCUGCUCGAGGACAUCGUGUACCGGCAGCUGAAUGGUUUAUCCAAAUCCCUUGGGCUCAUUGAGGGUUAUGGUGGGCGGGGGAAAGGAGGUCUUCCUGCUACCCUUUCCCCGGCUGAAGAGGAAAAAGCCAAGGGACCCCAUGAGAAGUAUGGCUACAAUUCCUACCUCAGUGAAAAAAUUUCACUGGAUCGUUCCAUUCCGGAUUAUCGUCCCACCAAGUGCAAGGAGCUGAAAUACUCCAAGGACUUGCCGCAGAUCUCCAUUAUAUUCAUCUUUGUGAACGAGGCCCUGUCGGUGAUCCUGCGGUCGGUCCACAGUGCUGUCAAUCACACGCCUACACACCUGCUGAAGGAGAUUAUUCUGGUGGAUGACGACAGUGACGAAGAGGAGCUGAAGGCCCCCUUGGAGGAGUACGUCCACAAACGCUACCCCGGGCUGGUGAAGGUGGUGCGUAAUCAGAAGAGGGAGGGCCUGAUCCGGGCUCGCAUUGAGGGCUGGAAGGCGGCCACGGGCCAGGUCACUGGCUUCUUCGAUGCCCACGUAGAAUUCACCGCUGGCUGGGCUGAGCCAGUUCUGUCCCGAAUCCAGGAAAACCGAAAGCGAGUGAUCCUUCCCUCCAUCGACAACAUCAAACAGGACAACUUCGAGGUGCAGCGGUACGAGAACUCGGCCCAUGGGUACAGCUGGGAGCUGUGGUGCAUGUACAUCAGCCCCCCAAAAGACUGGUGGGACGCCGGAGACCCUUCUCUCCCCAUCAGGACGCCAGCCAUGAUUGGCUGCUCCUUCGUGGUCAACAGGAAGUUCUUUGGUGAAAUUGGUCUUCUUGACCCUGGGAUGGAUGUGUAUGGAGGAGAAAACAUAGAACUUGGAAUCAAGGUGUGGCUCUGCGGGGGCAGCAUGGAGGUCCUGCCGUGCUCACGGGUGGCCCAUAUCGAGCGGAAGAAGAAGCCAUACAACAGCAACAUUGGCUUCUACACCAAGAGAAAUGCUCUCCGGGUGGCUGAGGUCUGGAUGGACGAUUACAAGUCCCACGUGUACAUAGCAUGGAACCUGCCGCUGGAGAAUCCAGGAAUUGACAUCGGUGAUAUCUCUGAAAGAAGAGCAUUAAGGAAAAGCUUAAAGUGUAAGAAUUUUCAGUGGUACCUGGACCACGUCUACCCAGAAAUGAGAAGAUACAACAAUACUGUUGCGUAUGGGGAGCUUCGCAACAACAAGGCAAAAGAUGUCUGCUUGGACCAGGGGCCGCUGGAGAACCACACAGCAAUACUGUACCCGUGCCACGGCUGGGGGCCGCAGCUGGCCCGCUAUACCAAGGAAGGCUUCCUGCACCUGGGAGCACUGGGGACCACCACACUGCUCCCUGACACCCGCUGCCUGGUGGACAACGCCAAGAGUCGGCUCCCCCAGCUUCUCGACUGUGACAAGGUCAAGAGCAGCCUGUACAAACGCUGGAACUUCAUCCAGAACGGAGCCAUCAUGAACAAGGGGACAGGACGCUGCCUGGAGGUGGAGAACCGCGGCCUGGCGGGCAUCGACCUCAUCCUUCGCAGCUGCACAGGACAGAGGUGGACGAUUAAGAACUCCAUUAAGUAGUGGGAAGAAGCUGGGGCGUCCAGGACAGGGUCUGUCCAUCCCUGGAUCAGCCACUUGGGUGCAGAGACAGCAAGGGGAGAACAGGUGCUCGUCCAGCACCCAGGGCUUCUCCAGGGCCACCAGGGCCCCAGGGGGAGACAUUCUGUCCGUGAGGCACUCAGCCACCCAUGAGGCUUGCACACCAUGGAAAGGCCCCACCCUGCUCUGGGAAACCAGAGAUGUGUCUUCUGCAGCCCCGGAUGUGACCUGGUGCAAAAGAGCGAAACUGUCCACAUCUCCUCCUGGUCAUCUUCCCACCGCACCCCAGGGUCAGGAUCUGGGGCUGGCAGAGUCCCCUCCUCGCUCCCACCCCAGGGUCAGGGUCUGGGGUUGGCAGGGUCUCCUCCUCGCUCCCAUCUUUUGCAGCCACAGCAGCUUCAGUCCUAAUCAAAGUGACAGGGGGAGACUUCAGCCACAUCCUAGCCCCUGUCCAUCCUCUGAGGAGGCAGCGAGACCCUGAGACUCAAGUUUCCCCUGGAUUGCUUCUGCCCAAAUGCCCAUCUGCAACCCCAAGACAGCCACCACCCCCAAACCUUCCCAUCAGGGUGGCUUCAGUGGCGACGGCUCCAGACUCUUCUGGACCCUCCCUGAGAUGGCCCGGAAGGAACUGGUGCUACAGCUACUGGCCACCUGGACACCAGGCUCCUUUGUACCGGGGCCGACUCUUCUGCCUGUGUCUGCGGAACAGGGCGUAAACCAGCUGAGCAGACAGGAUGGUCUCAGCUGCUAGGGGCCGCGGCUGGGGCCUGCGGGUGCCAGCGCCCUCUGCGUGAGGACCAGGGAGCCUGGACAUGGAGGCUGCCCCCCGGGAGAGCAGCAAGAGGAGGCCACCGCCUGGGGCUUCAGGGCUGCGGCUGGCCCAGCAGGGCCAGGAACCCAGAAGCAGUUCUGCAUUCCUCUCAUCUCACCCCAUGCUCUGCUGGUUGACAGGGGGAAGGCGGUCGUUUCCGCUCUUAAGAGUAAUAAUUUUUUGUUUCCCAAUUGCCCUCUGGUUAGGGUGCACUUAUAAAUCAGAGUUAAUAUAUGGCCGUGUGUGCACGCAUGUGAGUCCGUGUGCUGUGUGGUGUGCAUGGCGGAGUGUGUGUGUCGUAUGUGUGUGCGCAAACAUGCGUGCUCCGUGUGGGUGCGUGUGUCUGGGUGUGUGCAGCUGAGCGCGUGGUAGAGC